GCACAACAAAUUAAUGUAACACAGUAGAUCUCACUCGAGGAAAGAAUGCCGGUUCGUAUAUAGUUCUCCUCGUCAUGCACCUCGAGACGCCAUGAACCGUCACUUUCCAUGGAAAUGCAUGAAAGAUGGGGUAUCACUUCUCUUUUCCUAUCAAAAGAAUUCCACUUCUGAUCCAUUGCCCUUCCAAACAAAUCGGAAUACAGAUUUCCUCUCAGCCAUUAAAAAAAAGAAAAACAAAAAAGAAAGACAAAAAAGAAAAAAAGAAAAAAAGGAAAAAUUCUUUGUUGCACAUGUUCUUGUUUUUCCUCUGACCAUCUCUUCUUCCUCUCCUGUCACCACCUCAUUAAUGCUCAAACAUCCAGACAAAAUCUGUACAACCGAACAAAGAACAGAUUCAGAGGAGACAGUUCUCCCAACAGCUUUGCUUGGUCCUGUGAAAAGCAGGAUACUUUUGCUCCUCUCCAGCCAAAUUUGUUGAGAAACGAAAAUAGAGCUGCAAAAGUAGCAUGUCUGCAUCAAUGAGAGAUCUAGACCCCGCUUUCCGAGGAGCGGGACAGAAGGCUGGCAUUGAAAUAUGGCGCAUUGAGAAUUUUAAACCCGUUGAGGUCCCGCAGUCUUCACAUGGGAAGUUUUUCACCGGGGAUUCAUAUAUAGUUUUGAAGACAACAGCUCUAAAAAGUGGGGCCUCACGACACGAUAUCCACUAUUGGCUAGGUAAAGAUACGAGUCAGGAUGAAGCGGGUACUGCAGCGAUCAUGACCGUCGAAUUGGAUGCAGCCUUGGGGGGACGGGCAGUCCAGUAUCGUGAGGUACAAGGCCACGAAACUGAGAAGUUCUUGUCUUACUUUAAGCCGUGUAUAAUACCUCAGGAGGGUGGGGUUGCAUCUGGGUUUAAACAUCCCGAGCCUGAAGAGCACAAGACGAGGUUGCUUGUUUGCAAAGGGAAGCACACUGUCCAAGUAAAAGAGGUUCCUUUUGGCCGGUCUUCCCUUAACCAUGAUGACAUUUUUAUUCUCGAUACUGAGUCGAAAAUUUUUCAAUUCAAUGGCUCUAAUUCUUCCAUUCAAGAGAGAGCCAAGGCACUGGAGGUUGUUCAGUAUGUGAAGGAUACAUACCAUGACGGGAAAUGCGAUAUAGCUACUAUCCAGGAUGGGAAGUUGAUGGCUGAUGCUGAAACUGGAGAGUUCUGGGGAUUCUUUGGCGGGUUUGCUCCCCUUCCGAGGAAAACAGGAAUGCAAGAGGAUAAGAAGAGUUUGGAUACUCAUUCCACUAAGCUACUUUGUGUUGAGAAGGGGCAGGCAGAACCUAUCGAGGCUGAGUCUUUGACAAAGGAUCGCCUUGAGACAAACAAAUGUUACCUUCUGGACUGUGGAGUAGAAGUCCUUGUUUGGAUGGGAAGGGGCACCACUCUCGACGAAAGGAAGAGUGCUAGCAAAGCAGCAGAAGAGUUAGUUUCUCAACCUGAUCGGCCACCAAAAUGCCAUGUAGUUCGUACAACGGAGGGAUUUGAGACAGUGUCCUUCCGUUCAAAGUUCGAUUCAUGGCCUCAGACAGCCAAUGUGGCAGCCCCUGAGGAAGGCAGGGGAAAGGUUGCAGCUAUGCUGAGACGUCAAGGAGUUAACGUAAAAGGCCUUGUGAAAUCUGAACCAGCUAAAGAGGAACCCCAGCCUUACAUUGACUGCACGGGGGAUUUGCAGGUUUGGCGUGUCAAUGGUCAAGAGAAGAUUCUUCUUCAAGCAUCGGACCAGUCGAAAUUCUACAGUGGGGACUGUUACAUAUUUCAGUAUUCAUACCCAGGUGAAGAUAGAGAGGAAUACCUCAUAGGAACAUGGUUUGGGAAGAAAAGCAUCGAGGAAGAGAGAGAGGCUGCUAUUUCUCUAGCCACCAAGAUGGUCGAGUCCUUAAAGUUCAUGGCUACUCAGGCUCGCAUAUAUGAAGGAAGUGAGCCAGUUCAGUUCUUCUCAAUCAUGCAGAGCUUCAUUGUCUUCAAGGGUGGUCUGAGUGAUGGGUACAAGAAACACAUAGAGGAGAAUCAACUUCCCGACGAAACAUAUAAGGAGGAUACUUUGGCCCAGUUUAGAGUUCAAGGAUCAGGACCCGAGAAUAUGCAAGCAAUUCAAGUUGAACCAGUCGGAUCCUCUUUGAAUUCUUCUUAUUGCUUCAUACUUCAAAGCGACUCCUCAGUCUUUACGUGGAUUGGAAGCCUUACAAGCCCAGAGGAUCAGGAGCUUUUGGAGAGGCAGCUUGAUCUAAUAAAGCCUAAUGCACAGCCAAAAAUGCAAAAGGAAGGGGCCGAGUCAGACCAAUUCUGGGAGCUGCUAGGUGGGAAGACAGAGCACCCAACUCAGAAGAUUGCAAGAAAUGGCAUGGACGAUCCUCACCUGUUCUGUUGUGCUAUUUCAGAUGGAAAUUUAAAGGUCACAGAGAUAUACAACUUUGACCAGGACGAUCUGAUGACUGAAGACAUAUUCGUUCUCGAUUGUCAGUCGGAAAUAUAUGUCUGGGUUGGGCAGCAAGUCAAUAACAAGAAUAAAAUGCAGGCUUUGAAGGCCGGAGAGAAUUUCCUCGAGCGCGACUUUCUAAUGGAGAAGUUGUCCCACGAAGCUCCGUUGUAUGUGAUCAUGGAAGGAAGCGAACCAAAGUUCUUCACUCGCUUCUUCAAGUGGGACUCUGUGAAAUCUGCGAUGCAUGGGAACUCGUUCGAAAGGAAACUCGCGAUAUUGAAACAUGGUGGCACUUCAAAUAUAGAUAAACCAAAACGGAGAGUGCCGAUUUUACAUGGAGGGCGAGCGAGCGUGCCGGAGAAAUCACAGCGUUCAAGAAGUGUGUCUUUCAGCCCUGACCGUGCUCGUGUGAGAGGGAGAUCCCCAGCUUUCAAUGCCCUUGCUGCCAAUUUCGAGAACCCCAAUGCAAGGAAUCUUUCGACGCCACCCCCCAUGAUCCGAAAGCUCUAUCCCAAGUCAGUGACCCCAGACUCCUCUAGGCUGGCAUCUAAAUCUGCUGCCAUAGCUGCCCUUACUGCCCCUUUCGAGAAGUCAGCACCUCCACCCCAGCAAUUACGUAUACCGCGAUCAGUUAAAGCGUCACCUGAGGCAGCGAAAUCAAACUCGGAGGAGAAACCCAUCGAGGAUUCAAAGACCAAUAAGAUAGAGUCAAUUCAAGAGGAUGUGAAAGAAGGAGAAGCUGAAGAUGAAGAAGGGCUCACACUAUACCCAUAUGAACGUCUCACGACAACAUCAACGGAUCCUGUUACAGACAUUGACAUUACCAAGAGAGAGGCUUACUUGUCAGCAGCGGAUUUCAGUGAGAAGUUUGGGAUGACAAAGGAGGCCUUCUACAAGCUGCCCAAAUGGAAACAGAACAAGCUCAAGAUGGCCCUUCAGUUGUUCUGAUCAGUUCCCUCCCUUCACGUUCCUUAUAUGUCCUUCCCAUCUGUUGCCCUGCAGUUUUGUUACCGUUGGGAAACUCAGCAUCAGUUGGGACAGUCUGGUGCAUUUCAGCUGCUUCUGUUCCCUGGUAUACAAAAGCUUCGCCCAUAUCUGUCUAUCCGGAGGUUCUUUCCGCUCUUUCUACUGCUACAGCCAUUUGUCAUCUGCUCGGCAUAUCUUUAUUCAUCGAAACUUCCCAAUUUUUCAUUUAAACUACCAUAAAGUUACCAGUUCAAGAGAGUUUGAUUGAUAAUCGUCAAGCUCUGAAAGAGUACUACUUUGAUGGGAUCAUUGAAGUUUAUGGUCAGAGAUGGAAAUAUGUAUACGGGAGAGGAAACAUAUACGGCAAUGAGAGAGCUGUGACAUUCUUUACUCUGUAAUUUUCCAUGUUUUCCUUUCUUGUCAUCAACUCGACUUGAGAGGUCCCGACUCA